GAGAGAGAGAGAGACACACAAACACAGAGAGAGAGACCGAGAGAAGAGGAGGGGACAAGCUGACAGUAAUACAGGAAGAGCAGGGCUGGUAGACGAUGUGCUACUAACUGAAGUACUAAUGCUCCAGACCAUUUACGAGGCCGACUCCUGUUUCUUCGCAGACAGCAUCGGGAAACACCGGCUGCCUCUGACCCCUCACGACGCUGACAUGCACAACGUCAACAACUCAGUGGACAUUAAGCCAGAGGUUCCACUGGCUCUUGAUCCGGGCUCCCCAUUGGACCUACGUACAGACAUUAGGAUGCAGGGUUCGGCCGCAGAUCCCACUAUGUGGGAAAGACAACUUCAACAAGAGCUGCUCCUCAUUCAGAAACAACAGCAGAUUCAGAAACAGUUACUCAUCACUGAGUUCCAGAAGCAGCACGAGAACCUGAUUCGCCAGCAUCAGGCCCAGAUACAAGAGCAUUUGAAGUUGCAGCAGGAACUACUUGCUAUGAAGCAACAACAGGAGCAGCUGGAGAAAGAGAGGAAACUAGAGCUCCAGAGUCAGGAGAGAGAACUGGAGAGACAUCACCGUGAACAACAAGUGCUGGUCCUCCGCAACAGAGAGAAGAGCAGAGAGAGUCUGACAGGUGCAGUGGCCAGCACUGAGGUCAAGCAGAAACUCCAAGAGUUUCUGUUGAGUAAAUCCACCAAAGAUGGUACAUUUAAUGGGGUCCCCCAGAAAAUCACACAGAGCUCCAAACUGUGGUACACGGCCUCCCAUCACACCUUUCUGGAGCAAAGUUCACCUCCUUUGGGAGGAGCGUCCUCCUCCUGCAAGAUCUCCCUGCUCUCCCCACAAGACUCCCGGGAUGACUUUCCUCUGAGGAAGACAGUCUCAGAGCCCAAUCUGAAGGUGCGGUCCAGGUUAAAGCAGAAGGUUGCAGAGAGGAGGAGCAGCCCACUCCUCAGGAGGAAGGAGGGGAGCAUCAUGUCACCCUUCAAAAAGAGAGCCCUGGAGCUUCUGGAAUCCACAGCCAGCAGCAGUGCACCAGGAUCAGGGCCCAGUUCACCUAACGGGGCCUACAGUGCCUUGGGGGCUGAAAACGGACCCUCCUCUCUACCAGUCACCACACGUACUGAGCGGUGGCCGUCACAGCCGAGGUUAUUAGGGCCUGAAAGCUCAGUGUCUAUGUUAAAUCUCUACACAUCUCCAUCGCUGCCCAAUAUCUCCCUGGGUUUCUCAGCUGCCACUUCUCCCAUCAGUGCUGCUUUAGGACUUCAGGAGAAGCAUUUUGAGGGCGGUGGCGUAUCAGUGGUCAUUCCGGGUUUGCCCACCCAUCUUCUGGGUCCAGUCCCCCUGUCUGUUGCUAUGGAGACCAAAGUGAGCAGCAGCCACCAAGCUCUCCUGCAGCACCUCCUCCAGAAAGAGCAACUCCGCCACCAAAAGAUCCUCUCUACUGGUCAAAGUCCUGUGCAUCCCCCUUCUCCGCUGGCCAUGAUGGAAAGCUCUCCGAGCAGCACCCGACCCAAACUGCCUCGUCACCGGCCCUUAAACCGAACCCAAUCUGCUCCGCUGCCCCAGAGCACACUAGCUCAACUUGUGAUUCAGCAGCAACACCAAAACUUCCUGGAGAAGCAGAAACAGUACCAGCAACAGGUCCACAUCAACAAGAUGCUUUCGAAAUCAAUUGAGCAGCUUCGUCAGCCAAAUGUCCACCCGCAGGAGUCAGAGGAGGAAGAGGGAGAGGAUUUUUAUGACCAGGCCAUGCAGGAGGACAGCUCGCCCUCUGUUGGCGUCAUCCGGAAGUACAGUCCCGACAGCAACCGCAGCAACACCUCCGCUUCACCCACCGAGCCACUGGACACUGUCAUCCGGGUGAAAGAGGAGCCCAAUGCCAGUGAUGAUGAGACAAUGGCCACUCAGAGCCUGGCCGAAAAGCAGAGCUCCUACAUUCACUAUGUUAAAGGCAGGAUGGUGAUCCAGGCCAUGAUAUGAAACGACAGAUACAUCUUCACACUCGCACACGAAGGCACAGGCUAACAUACACACGACAUGCUUACACGACACAGAGCCAUCGCUUUGUGAGCUUCAGAAGUGAUCUCAUUCGUGAACUUGUUUAGUGAUCUCUGUAUUGUACGUUGUAUGUUUUGUAUAUAAUUGAAUACGAUGAGAAUUUAGCCAACUUGGUCUUUUAAAUGCUAAGAAGCAGUUUUUGAUUGUUUGUUGAUAGUUGAUAAUUUAAGAAAUCCUUUCUACUUUCUACCCACUCUUUGGAAAACAGCAACUCAAAGCUCUUGUAGGAUAUUUCUGUGAUUUUCCCCAUGGCACUAUGGAUUACUUAUAGAUCUUUCUUUGCUUUUUAUGAAUGUUAUUAUAAAGAUAUGUCACAGUUUGUAUGAUGAAAAAAAAUGAGAGACUCCCAAAUUGUUUGGAAACAAGUCAGUAACCAUGAAAAUCCACACAACGACAGAAUAAAAUGAAUAUUCUAGGUUCAACACAAGUUAAACUCAAUCGACAGCACUUGUAGGUUAAUGUUGAUUACCACAAAAAAUAUAAUACAAUAUAAUAAUUUUAUAAAAAUUGUAAUUAAUUGUUCUAUUGAAACGUGUCUAUUAUUUGUGCUGUAAAGUUCUUGUCACCAUAUUUAUGGUCAUUUUUGGGUUUUAGACAUUCUGUUGUAAAAUGGCAGCGCAGUUAUAAAACUCAACAUAACUUUGAACAGAAAAGGUUAGUAAGCAAAUUUUCAUACUUCAAUCAUGUUAAAAACACAGCAUAUUGUUUACAUACUAUUGAAAUGGUAAGUAUUUUAACAAAUUGGCCUCAUUCAUUUUUUGCAUUGUUGUAGUAGUCGAUAUUGUGCUAAGUGCUGUCGAUUAAGCUUAACUUUUAUUGAAACCCGGAAUAUUCCUUUAACAGUUAGAACAAGAUCUGGAAAGCUCUAGAAUGACAUUCUGUGUUCCCUGUUCUCCUGUGGCCCAAACCGAAGGCUGCCCUGGAUUGUGAGCAGCGCUCUGCUCCUUGCUGAAUUCUGAGAGGUAGAGAGUUGUAGAGGAAAUGCCUGGUGGAAGCCAGGAAUCAGAAUGAUUCAUGAGCGUAGGCAUGCUGGGAGAGGACAACUCCACGCUGAAGUCAAGCGGGCCCAGCAGUGAGCUCUGAUUUACUGUUGAGGCAAAUUACAAUGUGAGUGAGGAGACGGCGGGGGGAGCCCCCUUUUAAAGCCAAUCAUUUCCUCUGUAUUCCCACGUGAUGUGUUUACCAUGACAUAUAGGCUUGAUGUUACUUCGGUAGAAAAAAAAGGUAAUCGUUCUGUUCUUUCCUGAGGCAGUGUUGCCAGGCCGUCUUCAUGAAGUGCUCGGUUCAACUUGCGUGAUAGUUUCAAGAAAUGUACUAUCGUAAUUUUUUGUUAGCGAGCCAUCUUUCCUGUAUUUUUCUAUUUUUAUUUCAAGCAUUUGGUGUAAAACUGUUCAGUUUUGUGACUGAGAUCCUCUGAAAAACAUUAAAAAAAAACAACUCAAAGAGGAAAACACGUUUAAUUGAUGUGAGCCAUCACUCUGUCUACAAAUAGCCUGUGAGUCAACCUGAGCUGGCCUGUUUCGUUCCUGUUGUCUGUUCCACUGUUCUGGAUGUUAAUAAGAACUGUCCGCUAGCGAUAUAAUGUCACAUUUAGUACGCGUUCCCUUCUGU